CGCAGGCCACCCGCCCGCCCCGCUCUACCUCCCAAGUCCCAACGAACCUUGCGGCCGGGGAAUAUCAUUUAUCGCCCGAGUCUGCAGGGGUGGGGACGUGGUGUACAUCAUUGCUGGUCAUGCCCCAACAAUCCCCCCUGUGUUCGUUGGUGUCGCGGGUGUUGUUGUUCCGAGAUGGAGGAAAACGAGGAAACAAAAAAUGGAUAUAGAGGAGUGCAGGACGAGGUUGCAGGAUAAGGUCCGCCUACUUCAUCCAAAGAAUGCCGAAGGGAUCGUUGACUACAUGAUUGCAAACACACCACUUGAGAAUAUCAGAUCAUAUUUGUUGACUGCCACAGAUAAUGUACUAAUGAACCUAUUUGAGGGUGCAAACCGCCUGCAAAAUAUCCUGAAUUUGUCCGAGGAAAAUGAGCCCCUAUUUGGUCUAUUCACCCCCUUUGAUCAGAUUGGACCACAGAAGCAGCACCAGUUUUCUUCAAGAAACCAUUCUCAGGUCCUUCAGGCUCCAUUGUACCCCAUUGGCCCAAGUGGAGCUUUUCAGAAUCCAUACUCGAAACUCACUGGCUUCAGGGAUCAUUUCCAGUCUUUGAGCAUUCUGGAUGGUGACACGCCGAGUCACUACAAAUGUGCUAGUAUAAAUGUUGGUGGCUAUCCCAGUAAUGGCAAGGUCCAAACAAAGACUUGUCGUUUUUACUUGUCCAUUAGAAAGUGUAAGUAUGGUGAGAAUUGUCACUUUUCCCUUGUGUGCGGUUACCCAGAGAUUAAUGACAUGAGGCAAGUUGACCACCUUGGUUCAUUGCAAAUGUUGGAGAUGGAGAUCGAUCUCCUGUUGCUGCAGCCAUCAUCACAAGUCCCGGUAGAUCAUCUUGAAAAAAAAUUCCUUGAGAUUUAUACAAAGCUUCUGGAAAUUGAUGGAUUCCAUACAGAGGACCAGAGGAAUAGGAAGACUGGUUACGGCCUCACAGAUCUGUUCAUGCAACUUAACGCCACCAGAGAGACUGAGAGACGAGGACGGUAUUAUGUUGUCCUGGUGAAAGAUGCUCCUAAGUACGUCACUCAUGGUUUCCAACCGGCGGUGCCUCUUGCUGGCAGUGAUUUUAACAAGAUUUGUGUUACCUUCAAAUCUGAAAGCAUAUUCACUCACACAGAUGUUCAGAACUACUUCAGUCAGUAUGGUACUGUUAGUGAAGAGAGAUUUUCAGAAGAGAGACACAUGCACGGUCAUGUGAGUUUUGUGGACCUUGAGACUGCAAAACGGAUCAUAUCAGAAAGUGGCCCUCAUUUCAUCUGUGGAAAUGAAGUUCGUGCCAAAGCGUACAGGGAAAAACAUGAACUGAACUUCAGACAAGGACGGCAUAAUGUUGUCCCAGUGGAAGAUGCUCCUAAGUAUAUGACUGGUGGUUUUGUAUUAGAGAUGCCUCCUGCUAGCAGUGCUUCUAACAAGAUUUUUAUUACCUUCAACUGUAUACACAUAUUCACUCAUACAUCUGUCCAGAAAUACUUCAGCCAGUAUGGUACUGUUAAUGAAGUGAUAAUUCCAAUAAUGCAAAAGAGGCCCGAUUUCGGUUUUGUAAGUUUCCUGGACUCUGAGUCCGUAAAACAGAUCUUAUCAGAAAGGGGCCCUCAUUUCAUCUGUGGAAAUGAAGUUCAUGUCAAAGCAUACAGGGAAAAGCAUGAAUUGGAAUGUGGGCGAUUUGCAAUUUUGCCACCAUUGGCAGUGGACUUCGCUAAUUUGCUAUCGGACACACAAAUCAUAGACACAUACCGGACCCACAAAUCAUAGACACUUGGGGGUGGCGACAUUGCAAAUAUUUCGUCAGAUGUAGAUGCAGUUGGUGAGCAUCAUACAGUGACUAUUGGUGACUUUGGGCUUCAGACGACCUUGGAAUUUGACUACUGAGACUCUGAGAGGAAGCUUCGUCCACUAACAAACAUUGACAAAAGACUCAAGUGCAAGUGCUCUGAUCAGUGACUUAGAAGACUUCAAAUACAGUUCAUUUUUCAGUUAACAAAAGGAGGAAGUUAGAACUACGCCGUAUAACAAUCAAAUACAAUACAAUUCAUUUUUUUCAGUUAACAAAAGAGGACAUGACAGAACAUGAACAUUUCAUACGAAACCUGUAUGACCGGCAGAUACAUCUAGGUGUAGUUGAAGUAUGUUAGCAACUCGUAAUACACGACCUCCAAACCAAUAGCUAGAGGAACACUCUGUAUACUAUUCUGGCAAAUCAGGGUACAACAGAAUGUAUUAGAGAUAGAAGAACCGGUAACAUGAGAGGAAAGGAGAGGAGGCAGAUGAGAGUAAUGGGGAAAUGUAGUCUUCAGUUUGUAAAUUGAUUCUUUGAUGAUCCUCCACAGCUUCAACAUGUCUCCUUUUAUAGCUGAAUAUGCCUAAUUGCCACCUGUCAAAGACCCCACAUGACAGUAUGCUGACAUUCCCCACCGCUUGAAAUGCGGCUUGCCCCUAAGCCGCUGAUAGUGUAGACAAGAUUGGUGGAUCAACUUCUUCAAGCGUGCAAGUGUGCAGAGAAUUGUAGCAAGAAUGUCGAACGUUCCAUGAGCUUGGAGAUAGAAUGGGAACCCUUGAUCCGAACCCCUAAGUAGCAGUAACUUGGACUUCGCGACAGCGUCAUAUCAACAGCGUCAAAGGCAUUGCAGAGGCAUUAUGGUCCUUUAAUGUGGUAACAAGUGGACAUGUGCAAUUCCAAGCAUUGGCUCUGAAUAUUCCUAGCAACAAGAAAAGGUGCAAUGCGUACUGUAACGAAGCACCUGUGGUACUGUAGCUGCAAUCCACUUUGAACAGGCUGCCUCGAUCAAUUGCCAACCAAGGAUGCUUUGUCAGAAUGUUGACCACGACCAGUGAUUUAAUCCAUCGCACCAAGGCUGCAUAACAGUAAAAAGAUGGCCACGACAUAGGUCUAACUUGAACACCAUCACCGAGUAGCACAAAUUGCAUGGGUGGUGGCAUGGUUGCUUGUACGGCACGACAUCCCAACCACAACCACAGCCAAAUGGAGGGCAUCUCAUUUCUGGUUUCUUUGCUCGCCCAAUGAAUUCGUGGAACCAUGAACUUGUUUUUGUUUC